AAACCGAUCAAGUCCAUCCACACACGCACGAUAUUUUGUGUAGCCAGCUGAGGCUGAGCCGUGUGUAUACAUAAUAAUAUCUUGUUAAAUUUGCAGUCUGCUGUGAAGAAUUAACAACAAUGGCAGCUUCUGUGUAUUGCUGUGUAUCCAUAAGUAAAUCUUUAUCUGCUGCUGAAGACUUGGGCAGCACCACCACAAGCCCAAUAUCCAAUACAAGACCCACCAAGAUAAUCUUGCCCAAAAAGAAGCCUGAGAAAUGGUCUACUGGAACUGCUCCUGGUGAAUAUGGGGGCCCACCAUUGACUACCAAGCUGAGGAAGUCCUGGGGUGGCCCUGGUGAAGACCCCAUCACUUCUGAUGAUUAUAUUUGGAAUAGAGAUUUCAUGCCUCGUAUGAAGAAUUUGUUUCAGGACCCUUCUCAAAAUCCCCUGUUUGAUCAGCCUCAGGAAGAAUCUUCAGGUUUUCUUAGCUUAAACAGGGUUAUGAGUCUUGACAACAUGGAUGCUGACUUUAGCAAAGAGUUAAGAGCACCUUCAAAAAUUCUCACAGAAACAAAAGUUGAAAGAGCUCAAACUAGUGGAGAUUUGAAGCAAAAAUGGAGACCAGCACCUACACGACGCGAACAAGAUAAGUGGGAUAGAGCAUACAAGGCUGCAACUGGUGGCAGUGAAGUUAUGUUACGAGAAAUUAAGAAGCCUGUCGGUGAUCCGGAGGUUUUAGCUGCACAGUCGAGGGAACAGUAUUACAAGUUGAAGAAUAAAAUGCAGUUGCUUACUCUAGGAAUAGGUGGAAUUGGUUUAAUCUCUGCGUAUGUAUCUUAUACUCCAGAGAUUGCGGCAAGUUAUGGUGUUGGGUUUCUUGGCUCAUUGGCUUACAUUCGAAUGCUUGGUAAUAGUGUGGAUUCUAUGGCUGAUGGAGCCAGAGGGAUUGUCAAAGGAGCUAUUGGGCAACCAAGACUACUUGUUCCUGUUGUUUUGGUCAUGAUAUUUAAUCGUUGGAAUGGGAUUCUUGUUCCGGAAUAUGGGAUCAUGCAACUAGAAUUAAUACCUAUUCUUGUUGGGUUUUUUACAUACAAAAUUGCAACUUUUACUCAAGCUAUUGAGGAAGCGUUGACCAUAGUCCAGAAGAAGAGCGAGGUGUAAGGUGAUAAUAAAGAUCAGGUGGUCUCACAGUUCUGGGAAAAGAUAACAAAGGAAGACACAGAUUGCUCUUAGACAAGAAGAUCAAGGAAAGCCUAAAGGAAGCUGCAGCUAGGCUCUUCAUGUUAUGUAUGCUCUUUGCACUCUAUAAUAUAAAAAUCAAAAACGAUUCUAACACUGCAGAGGGCAAUAGGCAGCAUACCAUGGCGACUCUGUAAUUUUUAUUUAGAGACAAAUGCAGCUCGCUUGAAAUCUAUAUCAGUAUUAAUAGCAAAAUAAAAGGAAAUAUGUAAUCAAUAUAAUAUAACAAUUUCUUUUUAUC